UGUUUUUGGAUCAGCUGUUAAAGCGGAUUGAACCACCGAGUUGCGUUAACUACGACUCCAUUCAUUUUAAAAGAAAGACUGCUCUAUAUAGUCGUAAAUACGUAUGCAACGAGAUAUACUUUGAAAUGGCAGUUGCGUACACUCUCUGUAGGGAAUCCCUUGUGUUCUUUUCCCUCUGAAUUUGAGAGAGUGCAUUGAGAUCGAGGGGCGCCUGCUGUCCAUUGAAGCAAGAAGCCUCAUGUUUUCGCCAAGCCAGGAGGAGCAGUGCGCCCCUACAAAAGACCCAAUAAAAUACGGGGAGUUGGUAGUAUUAGGGUACAAUGGCUCCCUCCCGAACGGAGACCGGGGCAGAAGGAAAAGCCGCUUUGCCCUGUACAAGAGAAGCAAAGCCAACGGUGUUAAACCCAGCACCGUCCAUAUCCUCAACACACCACAGGCCAGCAAGGCGGUGAACUGCAAAGGGCAGCACAGUAUUUCCUACACUCUGUCCAGGAACCAGACAGUAGUGGUGGAAUACUGCCAUGACAAAGACACAGACAUGUUUCAGAUUGGCCGCUCCACAGAGAGUCCUAUAGACUUUGUGGUGACGGACACUGUGUCUGGGGGUCAGGAGGGAGAGGAGACGCCCAUCACCCAGAGCACCAUCUCGCGCUUCGCCUGUCGUGUCGUCUGUGAGCGGGUCCUGCCCUACACCGCCCGCAUCUACGCUGCUGGCUUUGACUCCUCCAAGAACAUCUUCCUGGGGGAAAAAGCCGCCAAGUGGAAGAACCCGGAUGGUCACAUGGACGGGCUGACAACCAAUGGAGUGCUGGUGAUGCACCCCAGGGGUGGGUUCACAGAGGAGUCCAAGCCGGGAGUAUGGAGGGAGAUCUCUGUGUGUGGGGAUGUUUACACCCUGAGAGAGACCCGCUCUGCUCAGACCCGUGGCAAACUGGUGGAGUGUGAGAGCAAUGUGCUGCAGGACGGUUCCCUGGUAGACCUAUGUGGCGCCACCCUGCUGUGGCGCACAGCUGAUGGCCUAUUCCACACACCCACCCAGAAGCACCUGGAGGCCCUGCGGCAGGAGAUCAACGCAGCGCGCCCCCAGUGCCCUGUGGGCCUCAACACCCUGGCUUUCCCCAGCAUGCAGCGCAGCCGCGCCCUCUCCUCCCUGGAGGACAAGCAGCCCUGGGUCUACCUGGCCUGUGGCCACGUGCACGGCUACCACAACUGGGGCCACCGCUCGGAACAGGAGCCCAGCGCCCAGCGGGAGUGCCCCAUGUGCCGGACCGUGGGCCCCUACGUGCCGCUGUGGCUGGGCUGUGAGCCUGCCUUCUACGUGGAUGUGGGCGCCCCCACACAUGCCUUUGUGCCGUGCGGACACGUGUGCUCAGAGAAGUCGGCAAAGUACUGGGCGGAGAUCCCUCUGCCCCAUGGCACCCACGCCUUCCACGCCGCCUGCCCAUUCUGUGCCACCCAGCUCUGCCUCAACCAGGGCUGUGCCAAGCUCAUCUUCCAGGGCCCCAUUGACUGAGCUGCGGGGCCCUGGGGUGGGGGAAAAAACGAGACAGGAGGGCCAACAUGCUGUGAAACUGUUCAGACUAUUUAGUGCUUUGUUUUUUAUCACCGGACUGUAAAGAGGAGGAAUGCUUGACAAGGUUGAUAGUGUACUACAACAGUGUGUUCCAAGUGUCCGUGGAGAUGGUCCUGAAGGCAGUGGUCCAUUACACAGUGUUUGGUUUGGGCUUCUGGUCCUCUGGAUGGCUGCGGGCGUAGUGUACACACAGCGAUGUGGACCUAAGGCACAACCACAGAAACCAUCAUACUCUUUAGCUGCCAGCCAUCAGCUUUCAACUCAACUGAGCUAAGUUUCUGGACUGUGCAAGCUAAAAUGGCUGCUCAUUUCAAGUAGAAGGGCUACAAAACAUGUUUAUCGAUCAUAAACUCCAAACGGAUUACAGAGAGUAGGUGUAGUUAGGGUAUGUGGGGGUUGGGUGGGUUCAUGGUGGGCCUGAGGUGCAUGAUUUUCACAGAGCCAGACAGCUGGACUGUUGGCUGGGAGGAGGACCGAGCGAGCCAGCAAGGUUCAUGGGUAACUAGUUAAGUGCUCCCCAGCUCUUACCUGGUUUUUAAUGGUAUCCAGAACAUUUAGCCUUUCCAGAGGUGAGCUGAACUCUGUUCUGUUCAGGGAACACAUCCUUAAAAGAAAACAAGUGUUUUUCUCUCUUGUACAGAGAUGUAUUCCAGUGCCUGGGACUCCCAGUAAAACCCUGGGAAUAUUUUUACUAAAUUAAAAAAGCUAUUUUGUUGAGGGUUAUUAAGGGAGGGGGAGAGUUUUACAUAAAGUAUAAAGAAAUUUAACCCACAGAAUAUUUUUCAUCUUUUUAUUAUUUGUUAAGAAGUAUUUUACUACACUGAGGUGUACAGUUUUUUUUUUUUAAUGAAAAUGUUAAUAUAUUUUUUUCUUGUGUAACUAUUGUGUGCAUGUAGGUUGGAUCACAUGGGUGUUCUUGAAUGUGUCAACACCGGUUCAUACGGAGACAUUAGUCCCUUGUGACGUAACCACCAAAAGGCAACAACAGGCCACUGGCAUCAACCUUGUGGAUCAUGACAAUGAAUCUAUUAAAAUACAUACUUUUCUCACCAUUGAUGCUUUAGCCUAAAUUAUGCAAUUGCUUUGCUGAAUGGCUAGGUCUGUUCCUUCUUAAUAUACUGUAAAACUCGGGUGUCUCAUGAUAUCAGUAAGGCCUUUGUCAACUCUUGUGAAAUAGAUGAACUUUUGGAAGUGUAACUCACUCACACAUCAACACACACCUGUGAGCUUUCUUUGAUCUUGUCCCAUACUCAGUGUGCACUGUUGAAUUUGUAGCUUUAUCUCAUGCUGGGUUUUAUCCAAUGAUUUGUAUGCUCCCAAACCUGGGCACAGUCACUGCAGCAUUGAUGGGUUAUACCAAAUAUAAAAUAAGAGUUUUCUCUCUGAUGCAACAACUGCUUCCUGCAAUGCAAAGUGUUACUGUACGCAAACUAAAAACCUAAAUGUUAUUGUAGAAUUCAAAUGUAGUUCAGGAUGACAGUCAAAGCUAUUUGUUUGUACUCGUUAUCACAAGGAUAAUAAGGAUAUUAUCAUGGGCCAAUGCCAAAUUUAUCAAAUCCAAUUGUGGAGAUGGAUCAAGUGGGCCAAAUGCGUAUGAAUGGAUAAGAAAUGAUGUUGUAGUUGGGCUGUGAGGUGGAAAUAAGUUUAAACUAAAGGAUUUGAAUCAAAUCAAAUGCACUCUUCGUCGAUGCAGGCUAGUUUGACUGUACCCAUAUAUGUAGAGUGUAGCUCAACAUAUAGUAACAGUCAAAAGUUUGGACACCUACUCAUUCAAGUGUUUUUGUUUUUUACUAUUUUCUACGUUCUAGAAUAAUAGUCAAGACAUCAAACUAUUAAAUAACACUUAUGGAAUCCUGUAGAAACGAAAAAAGUAUUAAAGAAAUCUAAAUAUAUUUUAGAAUCUUCAAAGUAGCCACACUUGGCCUUGAUGACAGCUUUGCACACUUUUGGCAUUCUUUCAGCCAGCUUCACCUGGAAUGCUUUUCCAACAGUCUUGAAGGAGUUCCCACAUAUUCUGAGCACUUGUUGGCUGCUUUUCCUUCACUCUGAGGUCCAUCUCAUCCCAAACCAUCUUAAUUGGGUUGAGGUUGAGGAAUUGUGUAGGUCAUCUGAUGCAGCACUUCGUCACUCUCCUUGGUCAAAUAAAAACAAAUGAUAGUCCCACUAAGUGCAAACCAGAUGGGAUGGCGUAUUGCUGCAAAAUGCUGUGGUAGCCAUGUUGGUUAAGUGUGCAUUGAAUUCUAAAUAAAUCAGACAGUGUCACCAGCUAAGCACCAUCACACCACCUCCAUACUUCACGGUGGGAACCACACAUGCGGAGAUCAUCCGUUCACCUACUCUGUGUCUCACAAAGACAUGGCGGUUAGAACCAAAAAUCUCAAAUUUGAACUCGUCAGACUAAAGGACAGAUUUCCACUGGUCUAAUGUCCAUUGCUCGUAUUUCUUGGCCCAAGCAAGUCUCUUCUUGGUGUCCUUUAGUAGUGGUUUCUUUGCAGCAAACCAUGAAUGUCUGAUUCACGCAGUAUCCUCAACAGUUGAAAUUGAGAUGUGUCUGUUGAACUCUGUGAAGCAUUUAUUUGGGCUGCAAUCUGAGGCUGGUAACUCUAAUGAACUUAUCCUCUGCAGCAGAGGUAACUCUGGGUCUUCUUUUCCUGUUGCGGUACUCAUGAGAGCCAGUUUCAUCAUGGCGCUUGAUGGUUUUUGCGACUGCCCUUGAAGAAACGUUCAAAGUUCUUCAUUUUCCGCAUUGACUGACCUUCAUGUCUUAAAGUAAUGAUGGACUGUCGUUUCUCUUUUGCUUAUUUGAGCUUUUCUUGCCAGAAUAAGGACUUGGUAUUUUACCAAAUAGGGCUACCUUCUGUAUACCACCCCUACCUUGUCACAACACAAUUGAUGGGCCAAACACAUUAAGAAGGAAAGUAAUUCCACUAUUUAACUUUUAACAAGGCACACAUGUUAAUUGAAAUGCAUUCCAGGUAACUACCUCAUGAAGCUGGUUGAGAGAAUGCCAAGAGUUUGCAAAGCUGUCAUCAAGACAAAGGGUGGCUGCUUUGAAGAAUCUCAAAUAUAAAAUAUAUUUUGAUUUAACACUUUCGUUUACAUGAUUCCAUGUGUUCUUUCAUAGUUUUGAUGUCUUCACUAUUAUUCUACAAUGUAGAAAAUAGUUCAAAUAAAGAAACCCUGGCAUGAGUAGGUAUCUCUAACCGUUUGACUGGUACUGUAUACAAACCACCACCGUAUUAAUGGGUAAGGAUAGUGAGUAUCAUGAUCCUGAGAUGGUAAGUGUUCUUACUGUAGCUAUGUACAAGUAGGAUAAUUAAUGAAUAUGUUGGAAGAGAGCUAUUCUUUUCAGCUACACUGAGAAGCCAAAUAAUAUAGUGACAUGUUACGUGUGUCUCUACAAUGUACAUGGGCUCAAAUACAGUACAGAAGUGGUGUGUCCUCUCCUUUGUUGGUGGACUGCAGAGGUUCCCCCUCCAGUCUGGAGGGUAAAGACAUGGCCUUGGUAGUAUGAAGCUAACAGUAGGACAGAUGUGGUGACAUAACAGGUGCUGAGUAGCAGUGUAAAGGAAGGGUAUCUUACACUAGUAUUCCCCCCCCCACUGUGCCCAGUCAGUGCUGACAGUACGCAGAUAAAGACCCUGCUCUGGAAUAGCUGUAAUGUAGCACAAACAUUCCUCCCUGAAUACUUGGGAGGCACAGCUGUGGGAAGUAAGGGUGCUGUAGCACCCCCUGAAAAAUCAGAACGCAACAAAAAGUGAAUAAAAUGUCUCACUAAAGUAGUUAACUGGGCCUUUACCAGUCCUGUGAUAGUGGACCGAUGUAGCACGUCUCCGAAGAAAUGCAGCACCCCAUCCCCAAACAUCUUCCUGCUGUAAUGGUGGAGGGGUCCUGUUGUUCACUCAAGGGCCUGUUCAGUGCAUUUUGUCUCUGAACUCUGUAACCAGGUCAUAGCCUGCACUGAUGCUCCCAAAGCCUACUUGCAAAAAUAAAAUAUUUGUUUAAAACAA